CUCCUUUAUCUGAAUAUACGUAUUCGAUGCUCUGUAAAGUGGUUUCUUAUCAGUUCACCUGUGUGAAGUGUUACUGUAAUAAGGAGGAGUUAAGACUAGUUUUGACCUCCAUAUAAAACACCGUCUGUCCUGUGAGAUCUACAUCGAGUCCUUUUAGAAAUAAUGAAGUCUGCAUUUGUGCUGCUGGCCUUCUUGGCUGUCUCGCAGGGAGUUCUCAGGAUUCCCCUGAAGAGAGGGAAGUCCGCCCGGCAACAGCUCGAGGAGAGAGGCCUGUUCCAGGAGUACAGGAAGAGGUUUCCAUACAACCCUGCAGCCAAGUUUCUCCCCAGGGUCGAGCAGAGUGUGGUGCCAUUGACCUUUGACCCUGAUACAACAUACUAUGGAGAGAUUGCCAUCGGGACUCCUCCUCAGGUCUUCAAAGUCCUCUUUGACACCGGCUCCUCCGACCUCUGGGUUCCCUCCACAAGCUGCAACAGCUCUGCCUGUGACAUUCAUCUAAAGUUCAGCAGCUCGGCAUCCUCCACUUUUCAGGCCGGCACAAAUACUUUCCACAUUUCGUACAUCAGCGGAUAUGCAUCAGGGACCACAGGAUAUGAUAUUGUACAGGUAAACAACCUUUACGUGGAUCACCAGAUCUUUGGCCUCACUGACACAGAGGCAGAUUUUCUUGGCUUUGUUCCCUGGGACGGGAUUCUUGGUCUGGCCUUCCCUGGCUUGUCACUCGAGGGAGGCACACCUAUUUUUUACAACAUGUGGAACCAAGGCAAAAUCCCCCAGGAUAUGUUCUCCAUGUACCUGAGCAGUUCUGUAGAGGGCAGUAUGCUUAUUCUGGGAGGAACAGAUAGCGACUAUUACGCUGGAAGCCUAAACUGGAUCCCCGUGAACGGGGCCACUAACUAUUGGAACAUCAAGAUACAAAGCAUCACCAUCAAUGGGAACACUGUUGCCUGCUCUGGAGGUUGUGAGGCAGUAGUGGACUCUGGUACUUCUUACAUCAUCGGCCCAAGCAAAGACAUUGGCAACAUCAACGGCUGGCUGGGAGCCUCCACGGAUCAGUUUGGUGAAACUUUUGUGAGCUGCAGUAACAUGAAUAUCUUGCCAGAAAUUAUGUUCAACAUAAACGGCUACAACUUUGCUCUUCCUCCAUCAGCCUACAUAAUCCAGUCUUCGUCUAGCUGCAGGACAGGGUUUGGAUCCGGCACCUGGAUCCUGGGAGAGGUGUUCAUGCGGCAGUACUACACCGCCUUCGACAUCGGAAACAACAGGGUGGGCUUUGCUCAGGCUGUGUGAAAACAUGCGAAGAGCUUGGCCACUUGAAAAUGAUAUUAGGUAUUGGUCAGAGGCUUCAGUCUGACAGCUUCUGAUAUUUAGAAAGCAAUUGAUUUUUCUUUUAUAAUCACAAUUCACUACUCAAGUAAAAGAAAUACUCUGUACACACUUCUGAAUGAUUUUUUUUUUUUACUUAGGAAAAGGCACCAAGGUAUCAGCAUCAAAUAACCAGAAGUUAAAGUUCUUAUCCUGCAUACUAUCCUAUAUGAUAUUAUAUAUUAUAUUUUUGAUGUAUGAAUAUGUUCAUUAUUGUUGCAACUGGUAAAGGAGAAGCACAAUUUAUUUUAUUUACCAUGUCCAUAUAUUGCCAAGUAGCAUGCAAAGUCCUGUAUUUACCUAUGAUAAAACAGGCUAAAUAGUUUGGUGAUUAUAUUUAGUACUAUUAAUUUGAAUUGUCAGAAUGACUACGCUUACCAAAUAAAUGCAGUGCAGUAAGAAGUAAGAACAGCACUUGAGUGAAUAUAGUUAGUCUACUGUCCAUCACCACAAACUAUCAUGUAAAAGCAUUCAUAUUUGUGACUGACACUAAUAAAAUAUAACCUUUCAGAUCUUAAA